AUUUCAAACCAUUCUUGUGUUACAGUGUAUCUUAUAGCUAAAUGAAAUGCGGGCAUGUAUUUGUUUUAAAUUCUUUUUAUUGUUUCGCUCAGAUGAGACAGCAGAGACAUGGUAGCCGAUUUCGAAAGAGUGAUACCGUAACCGCUGUGCUUUCCAUUCCCAAUGAGUCUUGCAAUAUUGUACACAUUGCCGGGACAUCGUUCUAUUACUUGCCUGGGUUCGAAGCUUAUUUCACAUAGCUUCGAGCACUCGAAGUUAUAAUAAUUGUGCGCGACAUUUGCUUCUUUCAAGCAAUGCCAUAGUUGACGUGUAUCAUUUUGCGACAGAUUUACUCCGUAUCUCGUCGGAUGACCAUUGCUGAGCCAAAGGCGUACGGCAGUUACUGCAGCUGGACAUCGGUGGACGUAGAUGUUAUGGUCAAUCUGAGUCACGGUAGUGCAUUUUCCCUGUUUCAGUGUUGGUUUUGUAAAUUCUGUUGUAGCUACGAAAACGAACAGGGAAACAGCACUCAGAAAGGACAAGGUGUAGCAGAACAUCUCCGGACAUCUAUUUACCAUGACGACCUACAGUAAAAUGAGACAACUCGUCAUGGAUUUCAAUAUUUAUUGGUAUGAGGACGGCGACAUUUUCCUUGGAGUUGAUGAUCCUGGGUAACGUCCCGCAUGCCGCACACAUCAUCACCCGGUUGGGACCAGGAAUCGCCAGCGUUGGCUGGCUGUUCGACAUCGGACCAGUGAUCGCCAGUCAUUUCGUCGUCGGUGGUGGCAGGUAGUUCUCCGGAACCCAAGUCCUUCUACGACUUCCAGAAGGUUGCAACAGUCGGUCCAACGUGUCCGAAGGAUCAUCGUCGUCAUCAUUGCAUCAGUGUACAACCGAUCGGCAGCACUACACAACAGCACUGGGACUUCAAGUUCAUCUGGCUAACGUUCAUAACCUUGCAACACCCUGUAUCCCAUUUUGUGAGACACUCUGUACGCUCCGCAACUAUACCAACCGCUAUGAGCUUCAUCUACAUGACAGAGACGACGACGGGCAGGAUGUCAGCACAUUCUUUCAUGAAAACGGACGCUACCUUGCCGGUGUACUUCGACAUUUCGGAUUUCCGUUACGCUUUUAAUGUUUUGCUGAAGGCGGAACUCGGUCGACAUACGCCUGAGGAUGAGAUCAUAUUUGUCACUCAAUUUAUUCCUUCGAGUGUGCUUACGCUGUGGUCGGAACGAGACGUAGAACGUGCUGUCAUUGAAGUAGGCACUGAAGUCACCAACAAUUUAGAAAAGCUUGAAAUGCAAGGGUCGGGAUUUUUCUUAUUUCGAAUUCACGCCUGCAUUCUUCAUGUCGGUCGUCUCGCACCACAGCUCAUUGGUUGUACCGACUUUGAAUUGCCAAACGAAUUGAAAAAAAAGUGUCGGUGUCUUCAGAGUGUCGACCUUCACGAGGAUAGUGAACAGAACAUGUGUUUCGCAUUUUGCGUACUUGCCGGUCUACAUCCUGCAAAGGGUUCUUACAGACGCAGAGCUUCAUCCUACAGGUCAUACCUGUCUCAAUAUGUAUUUCCAGAGACGUUUCCUGUAGUGUUCCCGAAAGAUGUAGAAAUGUUUGAGAAGCAGAACGAUGUGAGCAUUAACGUGUACGGUUAUGACAAAGAUGAAAAAUAUGUUUACCCGAUUAAGGUUGUUGACGACCAGUGCAAGAAGCAUGUCGACCUACUGCUGAUUGACUUCCAUUUUGUACUCAUUACUAAUUUCAAUGCUUUGUUCACACCACCUGGUUAUUUUCACUGCAAACGGUGUACGAUGGGUUUCACCACCCCGGGUGUACUCGCCGAUCAUCUACUAAUGUGUAAACAACAAAAAGUGUCCAAGACUAUUUUUCCAAAGAAGGGUGAGACACUGUCGUUUGCCGGAGAGCAUUUGAUGUCGGAAGUUCCCUUCUACUGUGUAUACGACUUUGAGAGUGUACUAUCACAGUGUUCGGGAGGCGGGAAUGUCUACGAGGAACACAUCCCUUCAUCCUUCUGUCUCCUCGUCAUACGCUCGUGCGAUUCGUAUGUCUUGAAGAAACAUAUUUACCGUGGUGCAGACUGCGUUUCCGUUUUCAUGGAACUAUUGCAUAAUUUGCAUGAUGAGCUGUAUGCGAUGUUGCACGAGACUGUGCCCUUGCAAAUGACCCCAGGAGACGAGCUCGAACAUUCUGAAGCCACUCACUGUAACAUCUGUAAAGAACCAUUCACUAAGAAGCAGAAAGUGCGAGACCAUGAUCACGUAAGUGGAGAAUUUCGCCAAUCAUUGUGUCAGGGAUGUAAUCUGAAACUGCGGAUACCACGGAAAGUGCCCAUCAUUGCACAUAAUGCCAAUUAUGACCUCGGAUUCAUAGUAGCUCAUCUGCACCUGCUUCGGAAGACAGACAUCAGAGUGAUAGCCUCCAGUUGUCAAAAGUUAAGGCUAUAGACAUUGGUGUGUUCCGCUUCAUAGACUCGUUAAGCUUUCUCAAUGCUAGUCUCGACACAUUGAUGAAAAAUCUAUGUGACAAAGGUGAAUCUAACUUCAGGUGUCUGCGUCAGUUUUUCGCAGAGGAGGACUACUUCAGGUUGGUUGUACGUAAAGGGGUUUUCUGUUAUAACUACGUUACCUCUUUUGAACGUUACGACGAGCCCUGUUUGCCAUCACGUGACCAGUUCUUUAACCAACUGAACGGAUCAGAAGUGAGCGAGGAAGAUUACCGCCAUGCGCAAAAUGUGUUUGAAAAAUUUCAACUGAAGAGCCUGGGCGAGUACUCGGAUUUGUACCUUCUGACGGACGCAUUGCUUCUGGCAGACGUGUUUCAAAACUUCCGA